AUGAAGUUUAUGAAGCAGGUUGGGGCGAUUGUUGACCUGCUCUGGUACAUUGAUGGGAAUGUAUCUACUAUUCAGGAAAGGUCUACACACGUACCAACAGAGAUCACACCAGUGCCAAAUAGGUUCUUGAAGUUUGAAGGCUACAAUGAUUGGAGGAAAAAGAAUUCAAAGAAGCCACAGCUACAUGCAAAAGAUCUUGAUAUUCAUAGCCAAAUCGUAUUUCGUUUGACAAGCAAGCCCUAUGUACAAGUUUGGAAUAAUGAACUUAAAAAUGAUUUAAAUUCCUUGGCAGCUUCCCUCAGCUCGUAUGCCUCCUACGUAUGCCUCGUAUGCCUCGUAUGCCUCCCGAGCAACAUCAAGCAGCAAACUAGGCAACAACAGCUUUAUCCAGUUCGACAGGUAACUGAUAAUGUAUGGAUUGAGUACAAACCUGCUUCAGCAACAACAGUAGCACCAGAGUAUGCAAUUCUAGAAACAGCAUUAGGCGAGUUAAAAGACUUUGAAAUCCUAUUCUUUGAUCCAGAUGUACACCAAAUUUCAAGUAAAACUGGAUCACAAAAGUAUCAAGAAAAGUACAGAUUUUUUGACAAUCUUCAUCUUUCGCAAGACGUGGCUUUGCUGUCCUAUGAUCCAGGUGGUUCGCAAACAUCUAGUAAAGUUAUUUGGAAAAUUCCAGCAGGAGUCGGCUCUUCAGAGUUAAUGACUACUGCAAGUCAUGUUGUAAAAGACCUCGGUUCCAGACUGUCAGAAUUCCAUACAAGGCAAAUGAAGCGAGAUUUCACAAGAAAGUUCUGCAAUGUAGCAGGAAGCAAGAUUCCAUCUCAUGUGUUAAGGGCAAUAUAUGCAGAAUUGACUCUUGAUGCAUCAUCAGAUCAAAAUCCUGUCAUAGACGCCAGAGUUCAGCAAGCAGUACUGGCUGGUGAUCCAGAUUUGGUGGUUGAUAUGCGCCAUUUAAAUAAAGGCCGUCCAGAUGAUGCAUUUGAUGCAUUUUUCCAGGAACUAGAAAAGCAAAUCGAGUCAAUAACUGCAGCUGAUGAAAGACGUCAUAAUGUUGAACAUAUUUCCAGAUUUAUUUCUGUGCGGGACUUGAUUGAGCAAGUAAAAUCUCGCCUUCCCCCCAACACAGCAGUACCAAGUGAAUCUACAGUCCUCUUUGCUUUUGUGCCAAAAAAUUCUCAUACUAAAGUAGCAAAACUUUACAAAAGUCGAGUGCCUUUGAGAUUUACUGUGCAAACACGACAGCUUCGGGCUUCACACCAAGAUGAUCACUAUUGUGCAGCACAGUUCAAAUAUAUGCGUGAGUUUGCUGUGAAACAUCGAGACAGAUUUACCUUUGUGUGUCUAGAUGACAAAUCAAAACUAGAUUUUGGAGAGCCGGGUGCUGCCUUAUCAUCAGGAGUGCGCGGAAAGAAAUCUGUUAUUCCUACUACAUCAACUCUUUCAUGUUUGGAUCAUGAUGUAGGCCAAAAGGGCUCUAUCACACCAUCAGUGUGUCUGAAUGUAGAGAUACCUGAAACACCAGACGGUUCUUUCUACAGAGGCCAAGUAACUGUUAUUUUCAAAGAUAGCAUUUUUGAGCCAAGCUCACCCUUUAGGCAUGCUGUUGAACUUCAGAAUAUCCUAGCACAGGAAGGUACCUUCAAACCAGUCUUGAUGUUGUUCACAGAUGGUUGUCCUGAUCACAGAGUCACAUAUCAUGCAGUGAAACUUUCACUCAUCAUUCUCUUUCGGCGUCUUGGCUUGGACAUGAUAGUUGCUGGUCGAACAGCCCCAGGCACAGUUGGGCAAAUCCUGCAGAAAGAAUCAUGAGUUUACUUAAUCUUGCAUUUCAGAAUGCAGCUCUAACGAGGAAUGAAUGUACUAGUGCUGUGGAACAGGCACUGAGGAGUUGCAAUUCAAUGGAAGACAUCCAGAAAAAGAGUCGGACUGUACCAGGAUUUGAAGAUGCUUGGGUUGCAUCACUCCAAGAGAUGGAAAAAAUGCUUCAGGAGAGAGUUGAGCGGAUCCAGUUGAAAGGUCAAAACUUUAAAUGUCUCAGUGCAGCUACAAAAGAUGCAAUCAAUGAAUUUGAGGAUGAUAUCCAGAACAUUGAUCCAAAACUUGUUAAGGGACAAUAUCAGCAAGUGAAUGUGAACAAAAAGCAGAAAUAUCAGGACUUUUUGAAGACUCACUGUCUAGAGCGCACAUACACUUUUCAGGUCAGAAAAUGUAAUGAUGCGACAUGUUGUGUUCCGCCAGUUAUU